CGGGCCACUCAUUUCCAAAACCGUCUGCUCCUGCACGGAGCUCAUUCCUCUCCUCUCUUUCUCCAAGGUCGUGCGUAAUGGUAGAGCGGAGAAUGAACUCUCUCGUGAAAUGGGCGCUCAUCCUCUUUGUCCUCUUCUCCAUUAUUCUCAACAUUGUUCUGAUCGGGAUCCACUCAAGCAGGGUGCACAAAUGUUCCGCUCAGCGUGUCCACCCGCUGCGGGGCAAACACGACGAGCGCAGCCUUGUGUUCGCUGACCUCACUUUGGAGGAGUAUUUGCAGGUUCAGGACUACAUGGUCAAACAGAAAAAUUUGAAAAUAUCCACCAAUCAGAUCACUAAGCCAUCGGAAAAUUUUUUGUUUUUAAUUGACCUGUCUUUGCCCAGGAAAGCAGACGUGCUGGCUUACCUGGACGGGAAAGGUGACAAACCGUCUAGAGAGGCAACGGUGGUGGUCUUCGACGGCACACUUGGCCAGAUUAAAGAGUAUGCAGUGGGACCUCUCCCCAAACCACGAUACAUAAGAGAUGUCACCAGGGAGAGGUACAAUAUGGAGCUGCCUAUCACUGCGCGCACGGUCACCGUCGGGGAAUACGCGCUGCUUUUCGGUUUUUUGAAGGAUGCGGUCUUCUCCAAACUGCAGAAGCUAAUGAAGGAGAGCUUCGACGUAGAUAAGGACAGGACGUUGAACGCGUUCGAACAAAUGCCCCGCGGGGUCAAGUCCGGGGACAGAAAGACCUGGAUAUCUUUCUUCAGGGAUAUGAGCGGUAUGUACAUCCACCCGGUGGGCUUUGAGGUGUUAGUUAACCACGAGAGCGUAAACGAGUCCCAAUGGACGGUGGAGCGGCUCCUUUACAACGGCCAAUACUUCAACACCACAGAAGAACUUCAGCAGAAAUACGACCAGGGCUCUAUUAAGAAAAUAGUUUACAAGGAGUCGCCUGACUAUGGUUCACUGAAACCCAAGCAGAAGCCUCUGCAGGUCGGUCCGCAGCAGUUUUACCCCGAGGGGAAGCGCUAUAGCGUUAGUAACAACCAUGUCUUGUACAUGGACUGGAGCUUCGCUUUCGGACUGAGCUCUCUCACGGGCAUGAGGGUUUUUGAUGUUCGUUUCAAGGGUGAGAGGAUAGCGUAUGAGCUGAGCGUGCAGGAGGCCAUGUCGGUGUACGGUUCUGUGACUCCCGGGAUGAUCCUGACUAAGUUCUUGGACACAAGCAUCGGCAUAGGGCGCUUCGCGCACGAACUGACCCGUGGCGUGGAUUGCCCUUAUGAAGCCACCUACGUGGACACAUACCGCUACAUCGAUGUCCCUGCCCCGGUCAGAUUUAGGAACUCCAUCUGUAUCUUUGAGCACAACAUGGGUCAGCCCUUGCGGAGGCACUUCUCUGACUUUUUCCACAACAGUUACGGGGGGAUGGUGAACAGCGCCUUGGUAUUCAGGACCAUCACAGCUAUAGGAAACUACGACUACAUGUGGGAUUUCAUCUUCUACCAGAACGGAGUAGUGGAGGCUAAGGUGCACGCAACCGGCUACAUCUCUUCGUCCUACCUGGUGGAGGGUAGUCUGAAACACGGACACCAGGUGGCGGAGAAGGUUCUGGGGAACAUCCACACCCACUUCAUCAACUUCAAGGUGGACCUGGAUGUGUUGGGAGUGAAGAAUUUUUUUCAGACCAAAGACAUGGAAUAUGUCAAUGUGUCGCUGCCAUGGAUGCCUGAUCACUUUGCUAUGGUCCCUCAGCUGGUGGAGAAGCAACUCAAAACAGAAAAGGAGGCCGCUCUGCGUUAUGACACUAAGACUCCUCGCUAUCUCCACAUUGCCAGCCAACAGACCAACCGCUGGGGUCACCAGCGCUCGUACAGGCUGCAGGUGCUCAGCUUUGCUGGGGAGCACCUCCCAGAGAGCCAGGGUGAGGAGAGGGCCAUGUCCUGGGCCAGGUAUAAGGUUGCCAUCACAAAACAUAAAGACUUAGAGCGGACCAGUAGCAGUCUAUACAGUCAAAACAACAUCUGGACUCCAGCUGUCGACUUCAGCAAGUACAUUGAAGAUAACGAAAGCAUUGAAGACGAGGACCUGGUUGCCUGGGUGACCACUGGGUUCCUUCACAUCCCCCACUCCGAGGACAUUCCCAACACAGCAACAGUGGGUAAUGGGGGUGGGGUCCUGCUGCGACCUCACAACUACUUUAAUGAGGACCCAUCUAUCCACUCUGCUGAUGGGGUGUACAUCGGCCCAGGCUCUGAGGAGAGCUGCGAGUACAACAGGAUGGCCUGCUUUGCUCGAGAGACCUGCAGCCCCGUGCUGGAACCCUUUACCUACCAUGGCUUCAAUGGGGUGAUGAAGUUUGAGGAUUGGUCUGAUUGAUUUGCUGAGCACCUCUGGAUAAUGGUUUUAGAGCCCUAAUGAAUACAGAAUGGGGUUAUCAAGAGGCUUGUGUCAAUGUUAUUGUUGUAGAGGCAGUAUGGGACAGAAUAUGAAAUGCGCUACAUGUGUUUUAAAGCUGCACCAGGCAAUACAUUGUCUCUUUGGACAGAACCAGGCUAUGCUGUUUCCCCAUGCUUCUAGUCUUUAUGCUUAGCUAGGCUAACCACGUCCUGAUUCCAGUUCGCUACUACCCUAAGAAUGCAGAUAUGAAAUAGUGACAAGGAAAUUAUGAAUCAAAAGUUCGGAGUGAAAUUCACUCUGAAAUAGCAGCAGUUACGGGUGCCCAGAGGCAGGUUGCAUGUGCAGCUAUAAGCUCCAUUGUGUUUGUUGUCAUCUUUUGCCUCAUUAACUCAAAGAAUCCAUGCCAAAGAAUGUUACAUUGCAUUAUAUUUUGUCCCUGUGAUGGAUUAGUUAUCUCAGCUGAUUUUUAAGUCUAUGAGUGACUACUUACAUGCAGUAGUAGUAUAAGUGAUUUGAAUCCAGGUCUGGAUGAACAUUUAAGGGGACUUGAUCAAAAACAAGCUACAGGCCAAUUAAUCCCAAAUGAAUUGCCACACAGUGGAUCAUUCUGGGCUCCAGGGUUAGCUACCCAGUUGUUAAUCCUGCCUUGGCACAGUUCACAGUUAGACAAUUAGAGUGCUUCAUAACAUGCAAGUUGGGAAGCAGUCGAAAAGAGUAUGAUAUGUAACUUCAAUGUUACAAUACUAAUCUGGAAAUCUGAGUGAUAAUAUAUCUGAUAAAACAUCUGUCAAAGUUAGGUUACCCCACAUAGUUUAGUUCUAUCGCUACAUUUAAGCGGUCUGAGAUUAAAGUGACAAUAAGGACAACACUACCUUGCCUGAUUACAUUUAAUUUUCUUUACAGAUGAUGGUUGCUACCUGCAAUUUACUCACUAGCGCUUUUAAACUCAGAGGAAAUUAUUGUUAUUAUUAAAAAGGCCGCUCUUAUACUUAUUUUUCUUAGUGUUAACUAAAAAAAGUCUACAAAAAAGUCUAUAUUGUUUAGUUUUUUAAAAAAAUGGUGAUUUCCUGAUACAGCUGCUUACUGUAAUAGUAGUAAUAGUUUAAAUAUAAUACCUGCUCACAUUGCAAGUUAUAAAAUAAAAUAAAUAAAACCCAAGCCAACACAAUUAAUCUUUUAUUACCUGACUUACUUUUACUGACAAGACUAUACACUACAGGCUGAUAUUUUAUCAGUAAUAACUGCUGCCUUGGAUGUAUUACUGUGUUUUUUUCUAGACCAUAUGAUGUAAUUCUCAAAAAUGUGCUUUGAGUUAUGGUUUUGCAAGUGAAGAAGCUGACUGUCAUCAUUUCAGUAAUUUCUGAAAUCAUUUCUGCCUCUAUGCCAACAUUGUCUUUUUGAUGUGAAGUUAAAAUGUGUGCAAAUGGUGCUGGGGAAAGUCACAGCUCUUUGUUUUCGCCCUCUGUGUUUCUUACUGAUGAACCAGCCUAAUGUAAACAUUGUGAGCUGACAUUGUACAGUCAGCUAUGUGUAAAUGUGUGCACUAACAAAUAUGGCUUUCAGUCCAAAGUAGGAUCACUCGCUAAUGCGGCUCAAGGUUGGGGCUACUGUACAUUUGAAUGGUAUCUGAUCCAUUUCAUAUAUAUAUGUUUGACUGGGCCACAAUAAAGCAGGCCAGCCCUCUAAAUGUUAAAAUCAGUCUGAUUGUUGGAGUUCCUCCAGCAGCCUUUGCUUGAAUAGGAGCAAAUAACCCUGACUGAUGCUUUAAGCUUUAUUUAUGCUCACUUGAGACACUAUGACAAAGGUCUGCACAGAUGAUGUGUGAGUGAUGCACAUGCACAGUGGCUGGUUGCAGUAUUUCAGAAAUGCAAGCGCGAGUCACGAUUAGUCAAUUAUUGUGAAGUGAAUAAGAAAAAGUCCACUGGCUGCUAGGCUACUUUAUGCAAAGUAAAAUGCCAUAGACUUAAGCUUGUAAUGAUGACGGAAAACAUUUGUCAUUUUGUCUAAAGCUUGACAGUUACUAUUGAGCCAUAUUCUAUACUUAUACAAAAGUUUCCUGUUUUUAAGCCAUGUUUCGUUGUGUAUUAGUGGAAUACAUUUAAAGUAAACUCUACCACACCAUUUACAAUUAUGUACUUUAUUGUUUAUUGUUGUUUACGAAAGCUGUGGCAGCUUCUUCUGCACCUGAUUCUGUUAAAAGGCCAUAUGAUAUCAUCUCAUACUGAAUCAUACCAUAUCGCAGAAUAUGUUUUCAGUUCAGACUGCCAUAUCAGCAAAUAUCGCGUCAUUGUCCAAAGAAUCAGUAUAAUAUUGCAUCGUAAUAAAACAUGCGAGACACACAGUGUUAACAAGUCUACGACUGUUACCAGAACAAUCCUUCAAACCAAAUAUGGCUGCACACUCUAUACAGCUGCUCAGUGCAGAGAAAAAAUUGUGCUAUUUAUGGACAUAAUUAUUGCUGUUAGAGAAUCACUGUAAAGAUAGAAGUCAAGUAAUUGAAAUGACAAAUGUCUUCUAAAGAAGCAAAGGUUGAAUAUCUUAUGAACAAUUUAAAUCUGCUGACUAAAUAUUAUUGAGUCUAAUGUAGAUUUUUAACAUAACUUAACAUAACAUAACAGCUUUUUUAAACAAAAUGAUCAGCUCUUUAAAAUCCUUUAAACAAAGUUAUACUAAAAGUUCAUUCAUUACGUCUUAAGCUAUUUGCUUUUACUUCUAGCAGUCAUGUUCUUAGUGGGUUUGUAUGGAACAAAUUGGGAGGUGCAUGACAACAUGCUGCACUGCUUGUGAAGCCUUUGUGUUUGACAAAAGACGCGCAGUGAUGUCCCUCGUGACAUAAACGCCCCCCCCCCCUCAGGACGCUGUGGUGAGCAUAAACAAAGUUUUACAGUCCUCACUUGGGUUUUCAGAAGCACAUUGACCACACGCAGCUCCCGUGUACUAGGGUUCUGUCUAGUCUUGUUUUUACAAUAUAUCCUGAGGAAUGUUGUUGGUCUUGUUGUUUCCUCUCAAAAUAAAAGAGAUUAUUUGUUGAAAAAAGGG